AUUUCAUGGGGGAAAGUCCUGCCAAGAACCAUUAUGCACAGCUUAACCAGGGAGAAGAGAAUGAGAUGGACAUAUUUGGCUACAAAACUCAAAGCUGCCGAAAGGCCUUGUGCAUUACUGGAUACAUCUUAUCCUGUGGGGCUCUGUGGUUGCUCUUUCACUGGAAGCCAGAGUGGAAUGUGUGGCUAAACUGCAUCCGGUGCAGCUUGGAAGAAGCAGAUAUUGUUCUCCUCAGAACAACAGAUGAAUUUCGAAUUUAUUCUCGUGAGACUGUGACGUGGAUCUCUGCAUCUGCAUUCAUCAAAAGUGGAUCAGAGUAUCCAGCCACUGCUGAGGAAGACUCAAUCUUCAACAAAGCCAUAAUGAAGCCAAGUUUUCAAGUGAAAACUAUCCAAGUACAAAAAAUCCGCUAUAUCUGGAAUAUCUGUGCAAAACAGUUCCAGAAAGUUGGAGUCCUAGAAGACCACCACACUUGUUCAGCUAUACAUGCAAAAUUUGGUUCUGGUCUCACCUGCGAUGAACAGAAUAUCAGGAGAGUUAUAUGUGGGCCAAACACUAUUGAUGUUCCAGUGAUCCCAAUUUGGAAACUACUCAUCAAAGAGGUCCUAAAUCCAUUUUACGUGUUCCAGCUGUUCAGUGUGUGUCUGUGGUUUGCUGAAGAUUACAUGGAGUAUGCUACUGCCAUCAUAAUCAUGUCUCUCCUCUCAGUAUUUUUGACUGUAUACGAUCUCAGACAGCAAUCGAUUAAACUUCACAGUCUGGUUGAGUCUCAUAACAACGUCACGGUCACUGUCUGCAGAAAUAAGGAAGAUUUGCAAGAGCUGGAAUCACACCAUCUUGUUCCUGGAGAUAUGCUGGUUUUGAAACAGGGCAAAACCCUUUUGCCUUGUGAUGCCAUCUUGAUCAGUGGGCAGUGCAUUGUAAAUGAAAGCAUGCUGACAGGGGAAAGCAUUCCAGUAACAAAGACCCACUUACCCCAAGCUGAUAACUUUAAGCCCUGGAGAACGUACUGUGCAGAGGAUUACAAAAAACAUGUCCUCUUCUGUGGAACAGAGGUCAUACAGACCAAGGCAGACGACAGAGGAGUAGUGAAAGCUGUGGUGCUGCGGACUGGUUUCAAUACAGCCAAAGGAGAUCUGGUGAGGUCCAUUCUCUACCCUAAACCGAUGAACUUCAAGCUGUACAGAGAUGCCCUCCGGUUCCUGAUGUGCCUCAUAGCAUUUGCAGCCAUUGGAAUGAUCUACACAAUAUGUGUAUUUGCACUUAAUGGGGAGGAAGCAGGAGAGGUGGUAAAGAAGGCUUUGGAUGUUAUCACUAUUGCUGUCCCACCAGCUCUUCCAGCUGCCUUGACAACUGGGAUCAUUUAUACCCAGCAGAGGUUGAAGAAAAAGGGCAUCUUCUGCAUCAGCCCACAAAGGAUCAACAUGUGUGGACAGCUGAACCUCAUCUGCUUUGACAAAACUGGCACCUUAACAGAAGAUGGCCUGGAUCUUUGGGGCUUGCUGCCCUCUGAAAGAAACUGCUUCCAGGACAUUCACAGCUUCCCUGAAGAUCGCAACCUGCCUUGGGGCCCAGUGUUCAGAGCAAUGGCAGUUUGUCAUUCAUUAAUUGUGUGGGAGGGCAAGAUCCAAGGAGACCCACUGGAUGUGAAAAUGUUUGAGACCACUAACUGGGUGAUAGAUGAUUCCAAUGGAUACCAGACUGAAGGAUCCACACAUGCCACGGUUGUUAGACCUGGACCUAAAGCUACCAUUGCCCCAGUGGAAGGAGUUACCAUUUUACACCAGUUUCCGUUUUCUUCAUCCUUACAAAGAAUGUCUGUCAUUGCUCAGGAAAUUGGUGGUGAUCAACAGGUCUUCACAAAAGGGGCUCCAGAAAUAGUAGCCAUGCUAUGUAGAGCAGAAACAGUCCCAUCAAACUUUGAAAGCAAACUCCUGCUCUACACGGCACAGGGCUUUAGGGUGAUCGGACUGGCAUGGAAAUCUCUACAGACAGGGAAGCUGCCUACUGCUCUAUCAAGGGAGGAGGUAGAAUCUGAUCUAACAUUCCUGGGUCUGCUGAUAAUGGAGAAUCGAUUAAAGAAGGAGACAAAACCUGUCCUGGAAGAGCUCAGUGCUGCCUGCAUCAGGAGCGUUAUGGCCACAGGUGACAACAUUCAGACAGCUAUAACCGUUGCCAAAAAUGCUGGGAUGAUCUCUCCAGCACACAGAGUGAUUCUUGUGGAAGCAAACAAAGUACCUGGAUCUGUUUCAGCAUCUAUAACCUGGAAACCCCUAGAAGAAAACCAAACUGAAGAUUGCAGAAACCUGGUGAGCAUAAAGCAUAAGAAGCAGACUGAGCGAAGAAUCAAUCUGGCACUGGGACAUGGCCAGUAUCAUUUUGCCAUGAGUGGAAAAUCUUACCAAAUUGUAGCACAGCAUUUCAGGCACUUACUUCCAAAGCUCCUGCUGAACGGAACAGUUUUUGCUAGAAUGUCCCCUGGUCAGAAAUCCAGCCUGGUAGAAGAGUUUCAAAAGUUGGAUUACUUUGUGGGCAUGUGUGGAGAUGGAGCCAAUGACUGUGGGGCUUUGAAAGUGGCACAUGCAGGGAUAUCACUGUCAGAGCAGGAGGCGUCCGUGGCUUCACCUUUCACAUCCCGAAUCCCCAGCAUAGCCUGUGUGCCAGAGCUAAUCAGGGAAGGCCGUGCUGCUCUUGUCACUUCCUUCUGCAUGUUCAAGUACAUGGCAUUGUACAGCACAAUUCAGUACCUUGGUGUUCUCCUACUUUACUGGCAACUAAACUCCUUUGGGAAUUACCAAUUUUUGUUUCAAGAUCUGGCUAUUACCACUGUCAUUGGCAUGACAAUGAGUUUCACAGGUGCCUACCCAAAGCUGGUUCCCUACAGGCCUCCAAGCCAGCUUAUCUCACCCCCAUUGCUGCUCUCUGUUGUACUUAACAUCCUCUUCAGCCUCAGCAUGCAGAUUUUCGGGUUUGUGGUGGUCCAGGAGCAGCCUUGGUAUUCCAAGACUGAUUUACACCGUGGCUGCCUCUCAAUGAAGAAUCACAUGGAGAAUUCUUCCUACAGCCUGGGGCUCCAUGGGGUGAGAGAUGGAGCCCAUGAACAAACAGACAAUGGCUACAGGAGCUAUGAAAACACCACAGUGUGGCUGCUGAGUACCAUCAACUGCCUCAUUGUAGCAUUAGUGUUUUCCAAGGGAAAGCCUUUCAGGCAAGCCAUCUACACAAACUAUGUAUUCAUACUGGUGCUCAUAGGGCAGCUGGGCAUUUGCCUCUUCUUGAUGUUUGCUGAUAUUGAUGAUCUCUACUCUAAGAUGGAUCUUGUUUGCACCCCCACCACAUGGCGGAUCUCCAUGGUGGUAAUGCUUGCAGUCACACUUGCUGUGUCCUUCCUUGUCGAGGAAGCUGUCAUCGAGAACAGACCCCUGUGGCUGCUUCUGAAAAAGACCUUCCGGUACCACUCAAAGAGCCACUACAAGAGGCUGCAGCAUGUGUUAGAGCAGGACUCAGACUGGCCACCUCUGAAUGAUACCCUCUUCUCAGAUUCCGUGACAAUAACAGUAGAGGGAAGUGUGGGAGGCCAUAGCAAUCCAACAUUUGACAGCAGUGAGGACUCACUCUGAAGGAAACUGCAGUGGACACAUGUCCAGGACUAUUGCAAGUGGCUGUGAAAGGACUCUCUCAAGAGAUUUAAAAAAGAGGCAAAACUGACUCAUCUCUGCUUCACCGCUCUAGGCUAAUAGGGCUAAUCAGCUCUUGCUUACCUUUAAAUUGACUGGAAGCAGAAAAGCUGGUCGUAGUAACAUAAAGCCACAAUGUUUCCUCUGUCCCCUUGCCCAUGUACAAAUUUCUGGCACCUGCAAAUUGAAUAGCUUGCUGAAUAUUGGCAAAAUGUUCACGAUUGAAGCACCCCACUGCUGCAUCCCUCUCUUGAACUGCAUUAUGCAGUCCAUACAGGUGGGAGCUGCUCCAGGUGAAAAGUAGCUAAUUGAGAUACCAGCACUCCUCUGGGGAGAUCCCCUUUG